UUUCAAGCUUCCCGGCGGUUGUUUUCUCUCUUGGAGUCCCGAGAAUAACACGGCUCUGAGUGGAGGCGAAAGCGUUUUUGCACACUACAUGCGCGUAAAAAAGCGCUCGUCCGGAGUUGUCCUCGUCCUUAUCUGUUUGUUUUCCUCCGGUUCCCGCGCCGUGACUAUGUUCCAUUUUUCAGUGUCCUCCGUUUCUGGCCGUCUUCACAGCCGUACAUUUGACCUCUAGUCUGCUGGUUCCACGGCAGUGGUGUUUAGUUUCCCCGGCAGCUGUGCGCGCUCUGGACUCCGGCUCAUCCUUGGAGAAGUUCCGCCGCAGUCCCAUGCACAGCGUUUCACUGUCUUGCUCUUACUGUGUUAAGGAUGCUGGUGGAUUUUUCAUGGUCAGACUCGACAGGAUUGGCCCAAGAUUGACCAACGGACCAUGUAAUUAGAUCAGAGAGCAGACCUGUCAAACAGUGUGACCCCUGAGAUUUGAACUGAUUUUAACCAUAAAACCUUCAAACACUCUUCUGAUGUGUUAAGCAACUUUGCUGAACGUGAGUAUGUUAAUACCAAUAAUCAUAACCAGAGUUUGAUGGAGAGCUGGUCGGAUGACAGCUGGAACUGUUGUCAUAACCGGAGGAAUACUGGCCACAGUGAUACUACUGUGUAUCAUAGCCGUGCUGUGUUAUUGUAGACUCCAGUACUACUGCUGCAAGAAGAAUGGGUCUGACAGUGGCUCUAUCUCUCAGCAACACUUUGCCUGCAAUGCCUGCAGUGUCUCAGGCCUGGACGGACCGAUCAUCACCCCAUUGUCCCUGUCGCCACCAGUGCCGCCCAAAUCCUACAACCCCACUAAAACCACCAGGGGGCGACGCAGCUACUGUCCCAGCUGCUCACCCUACGACUCACCCUUUUACAUCCGCACUACAGAUGAAAUGCGUAACGGUGGCGAGCGCAUCACCUACAUGCCCACACACUAUGACAACCAGGCGCUGUCGAUGCCACUGCCUGCUGUCCGAGGCUCCUUGCUGAGGGAGACCCAGCGAGGACGGCCUCCUGAAUUCUACACCAACACACGAGCCAUCAGCACUGAGGUGUGACACACACACCACCACCACUACCACCCCACACACGCACACGCACAGACACACAAAAAAAAAUCCCCUCUUCACCUUUACACACACAGAUUCUCCUCUGUUCACUUGCACACACCAGCACCACCACUAACACGGCCACAAAGCAAAUUCAGACACCUAUUCACCUGCGUAAAGGCUCGCUAUUUGUGGAGGUUACUUUAUCACAUUUAUUUGGGAUUCAGGGUUUUGAGGGAUUUAACUGAGAAGAAUAAAGUGACCUAAAGCGUCCCCUUUUAGUCCGAGUUCCUUACUUUAUACUCUUAAAUUUUAUGUUUUCAUGCUCACUUAGAAAGUAAUAAUUCUGUUUUUCACAGUAAAAAAAAUAUCUCUUAACGCUAUUACAUGAAGGGUGUGGUUAUACACUUACACGCUUGUUCACUGUCCACUUUCUCUGUAUCUUUGCUGACUGAGGGCUAUUAUGAAUAAGUUGUGGGAUUUUUUUUUUUCAUGCUACACGUCAGUAGCAGUGACUGCCAUUCAGUGAUAUAAAAAAAGUAAAUAGCAAGUAUGAAGCAAUUUUAUGAUGAUCAAAAAGCUGAAAUGCAUUCAAAGGAAUAGUCUCCAUCCCCCGAGUAGUCUCGUGGAUCUCUUGAGGCGGCCAGAAAAUGUUGA